AUGCCUCUGCAAUCGCGAGAGAUUGUCACCCUGCGUUUGAUACUUGAUUGUGAAGAGGAGGAAGCCUUCGCGAACGAACCCUCCCCAACGACAUCGCAUCUGCUGCGCCUACCUGUUGAGAUACGUCUCAAGAUCCUCCGCUAUCUCUUACGCAUCGAUCGCAAUCGCAAAUCAUACACUCGCCGGGCACAUCCUCGUACCAUCAGCGAACUCCUCCGACUAGAACCACGCCGGAUACUGGAAGCUGCACCUUUCAGACAUAGGGGGAAUCAAGAAAUUGAUGGCUUUCCGCCCGUCAUCAACAAUUGUCGCCUCGAUGUGGCCCUAUUGCAAACAUGCAGGAAGCUCUACUGUGAAGGCAAGACGGUGCUGUAUGCGGAGAACAAGGUGAUUGCCUUACAGUCCGGUAUCAAAGGGCUGGGAGCAAAAUUCAGAAAUUAUGGCAUAUCGGUUUGGGGCCCUCUUCCUUCAACCCGGUUGUCAAGCGGCGGUUCGGCAUUUGAGCCUGUGAUGCUAUUCAGUGGUCAGAAUGUCAAGCCAAGUACUCCGGUGUACAUAUGCAGCUACAAGGACGCUGCAGACUUCACGCAUGCACUGUGGAUCAUGAACAAGGGCCCGUUUGCGCACGGAAUGCGAUACAAUCUCACCAUAUCAGCUCAUCCCCGAUACAAACAUGCGAACAGAACAGAUUCCUUCGUCAAAUUCGCCGUUCUGCCAUGGCUACACCGGCAGAUCAAUUCGGUAGAGUUCCACAGUCUCACUGGAUCCAGGAGAGAGGCGUCUGCUACCAAGGGACUAUCCGAGGAGCGCUUGGAGUCAAUACGUCUUGAGCUGAGCAAACACAUGAAAGCUAGUAAUACGGACGCGAAUCUCCAUUCCUACAGUGCUAUUUGCGCCUACCUUGAGCAGAUAAUGGCUCACGCCGACGUUUGCGUCUCUCAAGCGAAUUAUCUGGGGGCGGAGCUGCUCUACGAAAGAGUCUGCUUCGAAGCCUGCAGUUUAGUUCGCACCAGGACUGGUGAAUUGGUUGAUGUGUCAUCUAAAACCAAGGAUGGUAUCAACCGUGUCUGCAAAUUGAUCGCUCUCAGCUCCUACAGACUGUGUGAGCUCCGAGGCGAUUCACUACAGCGCAUCGCUUUGACCAGUGCUCCGGCCGUCCAGGCCGAGAGAAAGGUAUCCGCAGAUCACCCGCCCGUGAAAAGUGCCACAAUCAAUCCGAAGCAAACGGACGAAGGGACCAGCGAAGUAUUCAAUGAUUUGCCGACAAUGCCUACGCCGCCAGCAGACCCCUUAUUGCCUGCAAGGUCCGCAACGCCGCAAAAUGGUGGCGGGCCUGAUCCUAAUCACGUCACCGAGACUCUGCUUCAACAGCAAGCUUCGAGUACAUGUGCCCCUACCACUACCCGUCUCGAGCCACGCCUGGCUCGAGAACUUGCCAUCACGAGCGGCCUGCUUGCCUUGCGGUUGCCAUGUGCUACGCCAUUGCCGGAAUGGAAUAUCCGACUAGAGAUUAUGCUUCUACGGCUUUUUGCUGAGCGGGAUGAUGUCCUCAAUGCAGCCUACAGCAUUCGCCGACUCCAAGGUACUUGCAGUAUCUUCUGGAAAGAAGCAAAAGAGAAGGGCAAAGCAAAGUCGCCACAAUGGCAGGCACUAGGAGACUUGAGCGCCGACCUGCUCAAACCAAUACAGCGAGGCACUAACAAAGAAACCCUUUUGGCCGUUGCCGAUCGAUGUCAGCAGGUUGUCACGGCACUGUUGGGACCGCGUUUGAAGCCGAAGAAGGGCUAUACCGGGUUGAUUUGGACUUUUCGAUGGGCGCCGCCGUAG